GGAGGUACAGAACAACUUUUACAACCACAAGUCAGAACGGUGCUCUUAAGAUGAGGUGAAUCUAUGAACCCAUGAAUAUAUGAAAAUGCUGGCUGAGAAGAUGACUCUCAGUCUGCAGAAGAAGAAAACUCCAGCAGGAUCCACAGGACACGACAACAAAGACAAAACUAUGACCUGCAAAGUGUGUCAGUAACUAAGCAACAGAGCACCUUUGUAUAUCACAGAGAAAGGUAGGAACACAAAACAGGAAGAAGCUUAAAUGUAUGCAGUGGACAGGAAAUGUGAACACGUCACACAACUGCUGUGGUCAAAGCUACAGGAGCUGUUUGAGGUUGGUGUAAAAGGAAGGAAGCACAGAGAGGUGAUAGAAGGAGGAGCUGAAUAUAAACUCUGGUCUUAUCUACAUUAAGUGCAGCUUCUCUUUGUUCUGCAUUUAUUAUCAAUGCAAAGUCGAACACUUUGAGAUUAGAUGCAGAUCAGCGUGCAGGGCUGGACGUGAGGAUGGGGCACUCUUUGCUCUGUUUGCUGGGGUUAUUCUUGCUCAGUACAGUCAUCCAUGGAAACACUGAAGAACUUGGAGUGAAGGCCACUCUGACAGCAGACAGAUUAACCAUACCAGCAGGGGGCAGUGUGACACUGACCUGUGAUGUGAAGAACUCUGCUGACUUUGAAUAUGGCUGGUUCAGAGAACCCCGUUUAAAUUCUAAUCAGAAGACCGAAGUAGCUGGUGAAUCAAAGAGAGAACUUGUGACCUCUGAAGGCGGCAUCUACAACUGCAGAGGACGUAUAAAAGGGACAAAUUCAGUCACAGUAGAAAGUGACUCAGUCAUCAUUCAGGAAACUGGACAUGGAGUGAAGGUCACUGUAACAGCAAACAGCACAACCAUACCAGCAGGGGGCAGUGUGACACUGACCUGUGAUGUGAAGAACUCUGCUGACUUAAAAUAUGAGUGGGUCAGAGAAACCUCAUCUGCUGUGAAGUCCACAGAAGCUGUUGGAUCAGAUAAAGUGAUCAAGAUCUCUAAAGGAGGAAAAUACCAAUGCAGAGGAUGGAGAACAGACACAACUUCACUCAUAGCACAAAGUGAUCCAGUCAUCAUUCAGGAAACUGGAUUUCAAGCUGCAAACUUCUGACUCUUGUUAAUCGGCCUUUUUAUAGAAAAUAUUUUUCUUUUCC